CUUCAUCGUUGACGGCCAUCAAAUGCAGGAGACAAAGUCUGCAUCAACCCCUCUCCAAUCGACCAGAACCAUCAGCAAGAAGUACGGCAGAGCGAAGCUUGCCACCAUCUUGACAAACCUCCCCCGCACAAAAGUCGCAACAGCAGGCCUUCCCAGCGAAGCGGCAAGAGCACGCUGUACAUGUCUCCAUUGCCCAUCAUCCUUCCGGACUCCAGUCGUCGCCACCAUUCCACCCUUCGAAGAGCCAAACCUCCCUUCGAAUUCCUCCAAAGGAAUAAUUGUUGUCAUCGCUAAUCAUCACAACAAGGGCAGCAGAAGUCCCAUGCUUGUCUUGGCUGAGACCCGCUGCUAGCCACCUCUUUCUCUAACUUGCGUCCCUUCACUCCGAACCCUCGAAGCAUAUAGCGUGCAUUCGCACAAAGGGUACGCCCACCGUAGCAGCGCAAAGAAGUCUCACUCAUUCGUAGAUUGCGAGAAGAGUGUGAUCAGUAGUCAAUAUGGCUGUCGUCAACAUCAGGAGAGAUGUCGAUGACAAGUUCUAUCGAUACCGCAUGCCCUUGCUUCAGACCAAGAUUGAGGGCAAAGGGAACGGCAUCAAGACUGUCAUCCCCAACAUGGCGGACAUUGGUAGGGCCCUCUCCCGCCCUGCGUCUUACCCGACCAAGUUCUUCGGCUGUGAGCUUGGCGCACAGACUCAGUUUGACGAAAAGAAUGAGCGCUACAUUGUGAACGGCUCGCACGAGGCUGUCCGUCUGCGCGAGCUCCUUGACGGCUUCAUUGAAAAGUUUGUACUUUGCAAAGCCUGCAAGAACCCCGAAACGGACCUCAAGAUCAGCAAGGAUGGCAUGAUUCACCGUGACUGCAAGGCCUGCGGUGCGAUGACGGACGUGGAUAUGCGCCACAAGCUUACCACUUUCAUCACCAACCACCCUCCGCCCAAGAAGAAGAAGGGUGUCAAAGGUGCUGGAAAGGCUGCUGGCCAAAGCGUUGACGAUGGCGGAUGUGAUGAUGGCGAGAACGGUGGCAGCGACGACGAGUUCACUGCCAAGAUUGCCUCAGAAGCGGCUCUGAUUCCCACUGCUGAGCAGCGCGCGAAGGAGAACGGCGGAGACGAGUGGAGCGUCGACACGUCGGAGGCAGCCGUCAAAGCCCGCGUUAAGGCGCUGGAGGGAGGCAUCACAUCCUCCCUCGUCCUCGCCGCUGGCGAGGACGACGAAGAGGCCGAGGACGAGAACAGCCCGUACUACCAAUUCGGAGUGUGGCUCACCGAACACCGGAAAGGUGGCUCUGCGGGCGGCGAAUGCACCGCUGCAGAAGUGUACAAAAAGGCUCAGGAGCUCGGCAUCGAGAACAAGCAUCGCUCCGUGCAGCUGAUUAUGCAGUCUCUCUUCACCGAGGACGCUGUCAAAGAGAUGGGAAAGUACCAGGCCGUCAUUGCCAAGAUGACCACCUCGGAGAAACACCAGAAGUCGCUGCUAGGCGGCCUCGAGCGCCUUGCGGGCAUUGAACAACCCUCGCUGGUCCCCAGCGGCGUCCCAAAGCUGCUGAUGGCGCUGUACCAGAUCGACGCGCUGGAUGAGGAGAUUGUCAAGCACUGGGGCACGCACACGAGCAAGAAAUACGUCGACAAGGACACCAGCAAGAAGGUCCGCCGCGCCGCUGCGCCGUUCCUCGAAUGGCUCGACCAGGCUGAUAGCGACGAGGACGAGGAGGACGAUGAUCUCGAUAACCUGUGAUCGCCGGCUUCCUCCUCUACUAGGCUCCAACUCCAAACACACGCAAUCUGAUAGUGUUUGCACGCAGUGCUGUUGGCCCUUCUGUGCUGGGCUAUAAGAUACAGUCUUCAUGAACGUUUGUUCGAUCAAUCCGAUGGUCUUUUGACUUUGCAGUGUCAUUGAGAUUAACGAUUCGGCCGGAAAACAUUUCACAUGCUUGUUAUGCU